GUCACAAUGACACAUCGUUGUGAGAAGUUGAAUAGCUGAUAGUCUAUAAUAGUACAUUCUACAAUCUUCACUUUACAGUAAAAUUAAUAAUAAAUAAAUUAUAGUAUACAGGAUUUGAUAGUUUGAUACAUGGUUUGAUACUAUCACACAGAUUUCUACAUUCUAUAAUUCUAAUUUCUGUUCAGUAUUCAAUAUUGAAUAUGUUACUUAAUAACUAACGACUCAAUCACUUAUAUUGUAUUAUUGUGACAACUGACAACGAUAUUUUGUGUUUGAAGUUAUAAUUCAGAUAUCUAAAAGGUUUUGUCCCUCUGUUUUCCCAUCGAGCACUGUUAAUCAAAAACUAUACACAAUGUGUGCUAAAAUGGCAUUCACUCAUCAACCUGGCACCGCCAUGGAAUGCCUUAGUAUACCUAUUACUUUAACGAAAGAAUCUGCAAUUGAUACUGAUGGUCGUGAAUUAUUAAAAUGUGGGUUCAAAAUUGGUGGAGGCAUUGAUCAAGAUUUUAGGAAAAGUCCUCAAGGAUAUACAGAUAAUGGUAUUUAUGUAACUGAAGUACAUGAUGGAAGUCCCGCAUCUAGGUCUGGAUUACGAAUACAUGAUAAAAUAUUACAAUGUAAUGGAUAUGAUUUUACAAUGGUAACCCAUAAAAAAGCUGUGGAUUAUAUUAAGAAGCAUAAAAUACUAAAUUUAUUAGUUGCUCGAAGAGGUGUUACAUCGACAUAAAAUAUUGAAAACUUGAAAAAAGUCAUCUGUUAUUACUACAUACAACCAAAGGUUUAUUAAUUAAUUAAAUUAUUUAUCCUAUUUACCAUAAACGGUAAUACGUUUUUUUUUUACUAGGUACCUAUUUUAAAAUAAAUAAUUGUAUUUAUAAAUUUAGUAUAUUUCUAUUUAAAUGAAGUAAUGUUAUUAUUAUUUUUUAACAUGGUCAUGUUUAAACCAAAAACUCUUAAUGUGCAUUUACCCUGAUGGGAUCAAUUUUUACUACUAUUUUCCAAAUUUAUCCUAUAUCAACACUUAUUAUACAUUUUUUUUCUUUCGUUUGAAAUUGCAUAUUUUAAAAUAAUGAGUGGCAUUUAAUUUAUACCUAUUUAUUUCAAUAAAUAAGAUAAAGUGUAUUAUGUUUUUAAUUAUAAUUGAAAAAGUUAAAAAUUACUUAUACACUUUUAUAUAAAUAUGAUAUAAAGUAACAUAUAAAGUUCCGAUUUUAAAUCAAUUUUCCAUUUGAAAUCAAAAAACUUGUUUUAAUUAAUACUUAUCUGUAUAAUAUAAAUACUAGAAUUAUUCCAAUUGUCCAAUUAUUCCAAGUUUAUUUGUUAUUAUAACUUAUAAUAUUAAUUUUACAUUAAUCUUCAGAUGUUACAGUAUAUUACAAUUUAUUAAGUAUAAAUAUAAUCAUCUUUCUAUAUUUUGAUGAGUUACCCAGUAUACAUUUUAAUUAAAAUAAUUUUUAUACAUUUAUUUUUAUUUGUAGUAUAAACAAUAUUUUAUUAAAUGUAUGAAUACAAGUUUAUAACCUAAAGUUAUUAGUACCCAAUAUUUAAAUAUUAUGUUAAGAUAUAUUAAACUAGUAAAAUAAUCUUAUACUAUUAACAUUCCCGUCCAAUGUUCUAUGCAAUUAAUAUAAUAUAUGGUUACUAAAAAUUAGAAUAGAUAUAAGCUUGAAUUAUAAUGCAUAUGUUAAUAUUCCAAUUGUUUUUACAUUUUAUAAUGAUAUAAUUUAUGUUGUUAAAGUUUGAAUGAAGAAAAUAUAAUAAAAUUAUUGAGCUUAA